UGCACAACGUAGUCCUUCCUUUCUCCUUGAUUGGGUGUUGGGGGUCGGGUGGAGGGAUUUGAAUCCGGUGGAAAAUAUUACCAAUAAUACAAUACAUACAGAAAGUAAAGAACGUGGUGUAUAUCGCCUUGACGUGAAGUCAGGGGCACUUCAUUAUAAAUAAACUGAAACUAGAGAAGAUGGGUUGAGAAGAAGCACAGUUUUGGAACGUUUUCAUUGUCAGAGUCUAGUUAGAGAGGUUCAGAAUCGCCAGCUCGACUGUGGAAACACUCUGUCUGUUGUCCAGGGGGCGGUGUGGUUCUGGACGCUGUUGUUCUGAAAGUCCCUUCCCCCUUCCCUCACUAGGAUGGAGUCUGGAGAUGUGAUUGCCUGGAGGGACGAAAAGGAGGAGCUGAGGGCGGAGCUAUCAAAGCUGCAGACUCUUCUGGCAGACAGCCGAGCAGAGAGAGAUGAGCUCGAGGGGGAGAAUCGAGCUCUGAGAGACAGGACCCCUCUCUCCGCAAACCCCUCUCUCGCUCUGUCUCUCUCAGAGCAGAGGGAGUUUCGGAGCAAGCUGAGAGCUUGUCGUGAGCGGGAGGGGAGGCAGGCACUGCUGGUGCAGAAACUGCAAGGCAAGGUGUGUCAGUACCGGUCUCGAUGCCUUCAGUUGGAGCAACAACUGCUGGGUAGAGAGAGUGAGCUGUGCCGGGAGGAGCUGCGUAUCCGUGGGGAGCACAGUGACAGUCUGGAGAGCGCCCUUAUCAGGAUGGAAGAGGAACAGCAGAGGUGCUUUGGGCUGGUAGAACUGAACUCCCUCCUGCAGAACCAGCUGGACCAAUCAGGAGAGGUGAAUCAGGCUUUGAGGGAGGAUCUCGGAAAGCUGACGGCUGAUUGGACCAGAGCUGUGGAGGAAGCGGGGCUCAAGGAAGGAGAGUGGCAAAGAGAGAGGGAGAUCCUGAGCUCUCACAUCUCCAAUGAACACAAACGCCUGCUUGCUCUCUGGAGAGCGGUCGUGACCUUCCGACGCCACUUUCUGACCAUGAAGAGCGCCACCGACAGGGAUCUGUCUGAGCUGCAAGCGGAUUUCUCUCGUCUCUCCACCUGCCUGCAGUCCAGCUGUGGGGCUGUGUGCGCCCUGCCCUCCUCUCCCCCUCCCCCAGAUCCCUCCCCUGCUCUCCAGGAGCUCACAGAGUCCCUGCAGCACAAGGAGCAGGAGCUGGCAGAGCUGAGGGUUCGAGCUGAAGCAGAGACAGAGGAGCUGAGAGAGAGGAUCGCUGAUCUCUCUGCCUCUCUGCUCUCCCUCAAAAUGGAGAGAGAAAAAGAGAGAGAGCUGGAGAGGGAGGAGGAGCAGGAGAGAGAGAUGGAGAGGGAAAAGGAGAGGGAGAGAGAAAAGGAGCGAGAGAGGGAGCUGGACUCCAUGCGGGAGGCUGUCGAGAGGCUGGCAGGAGUGGCCUGCGGGCAGAGGGGUGAUGGGCAGGGGGUGUGUCUCCCUCUCCCUGCUCACACAGCGGGGUUGGGGCUGCCUGCUCUCCAGAACACCAUCGCACAGGUAGAGAGCGCCCUCCGCAGAAGAGACAGUGAACUGCAGGAGGCCUCUCUGUUCUUGAGGAAAGCAGAGUUCGAGCAAGCGAGAAAGAGGGAGUCACUAGAGCAGCGAAUCAGACAGCUGGAACUGGAGGGGGCGGAGCUACGGGAGAGGGCGAGCCGAGAGGAGCGGGCACUGAGAGCUGCCAACGAAUCACUGAAGAGUGAAAAUGCGACCCUGCCGCCACUGAGGGAGCGACUGAGAGAGAUGGAGCGAGAGAACGAAGAACAGAGGAGAGAAAACGUGCGCCUGCAGAGUGAGAGAGAGAUGGAGAGAGAAAGGAGGGAGCAAGCGGAGGAGGAGAGAAGACAGCUGGAGAGUGAGAGAAAGGAACGACUCACCGCUCAGUCCCUGGCCAGCACUCAGAGCAGUGAGAGGAAGCAGGAGCUGUCCAGCCUGCGGGGGGCAUUAGAGAAAGUGGAGCUGAAGAAGGAGCUGGCAGAGAGAGAGAGGGACGAGCUGCAGGAAGCGCUGCACACGGCCCAGGACUCUGUCUCCAGCCUCUCCCUCUCUCAGACUCUCCUGCAGAAGGACUGUGCUGAUCUGAGGGACUCACUGGAGAAGAUGGGUGCUCUGAACGAGGCUCUGGCGAUAGAUAAGAGAGAGCUGCACUCCCAGAGCCUGCAGUUGGAGACAGAGUUGUCCAGUUUACAAUCCAGACUGGAGUCACUGGUCUCGGAGAGAGCCUCGCUGCAGAGGGAGCUGAGGACAGCGGAACGAGAGAGAAAGGAACUGGAAUCGGAGAGAGACCGGGCCUGGAGCACACUCCAACGAGCCAGCGAGAGAGAGAGCGAGAGGGAGAGAGAGGAGAGCGAAAGUAGAGAGGAGAUGCAGAGGAGAGAGGAGAGACUAGAGGAGCUGACCCGUCUCCAUGGCGACGCCUGCUCGGAGCUGCAGGCAUUGCGGGAGGAGAUGAGCCGGGUCGCAGAGAGUCAGAGCCGUGCGGAGCGCGACAAUGAGACGCUGCUGAGAGAGAGAGAGAAGCUGCAGAGCGAGCUGAGAGCGCUGGAGAAAGAGAAGGAGGGGCUGGAGCGAGAGAGAGAGGAAUUGAGGUCACUCCAGGAGACCCUGCACUGCGACCUCUCUGCAGCCAAUCACAAGAACUCCAACCUUCAGAUCCUGCAGGGUCAACUGGAGGUCAAAGUUCAAACCCUCUUGCAGGCGAAGGAGGUGCUGCAGGGGGAGAUUGAAUGCCUCCGCACAGAACUGCAGACUGAGACCACCCGCCUGCAGAGAGAGAAGGAUGGGCUGCUGCAAGACAUAGAGGAGCUGAGGGAGGAGGGGGAGAGGGCGAAGGAGAGGUUGGAGGGAGAGAGGGAGAGGCUGAGCCAGGAGCUGAGCCUCUCCCGGGAGAGAGAGGGGAGGGAGAGGGAGGAGAGGGAGAGGGGCAACACGGAGAGGGAGAGCUGGCAGAAGGAGAGGGAGGCUCUGAGCUCAGAGCUGGGAGAGAGGGAUGGAGAGGUGGACCGACUGGAGGAGAGAGUCAAAGCACUGGAGAGGGAAAGAGAGGAGCUGAGGAAAGAGCUGAGAGAGAGGGAGGCAGAGGUGGAGAGGCUGGAGAGAGAUCGCCGAGCAGGGGAAGAGAAACUCAGGGAGAGGUGUGCAGAGACACACAGACUGAGAGAGAAGCUGGAUGAGUUAGAGACAGAGAGAGAAGAACAACAGGACAGAGAGAACCAAGAGCUAAGAGAACGAGUGCAGGCGCUGGAGAAAGAGAAGGAAGGAACCAUGAGAGAGAGGGACGAGGAGAUCCAGCGACUAAGAGAACAAGCGAGGGAGCUGGUGAGAAAAGGAGAGGAAAGCAGGGAAAGAGCAGAGGCGCUGAAGGAGAGGCUGGAGGCAGCCAGGACAGAGGAGGAUGAGAAAGUGAGAGUGAGGGACGGAGAGAUUGAGACCCUGCAGAGGCUAAGGAGAGAAAGAGAGGUGGAGCACACCGCUGAGCUGAGGAGGAAAGAGAGAGAGGUGGAGAGGCUGAGAGAGAGGGAGGAAGAACUGGAGAGAGUAAGUGAAAGUUUAAGCACAGAGCUAGGAGAGAGGGAAGUAGAGAUCGAGAGAGUGAAAACCAUACAAAGAGAAAGAGAGGAACAGCAGACCUCAGAACUGAGUGAGAGGGAGGGAGAGGUGGAGAGGCUGAGAGAGAGAGUGGAAGAGCUAGAAGAAGAGAGAGCAGGGCUACACUUAAAGCUGGAAGAGAUGGAGAGAGCAAAGAUCCUACACAGAGAAAGAGAGGAACAACUGAUAUCACAACUGAUAGAGAGGGAGGGAGAGGUGGAGAGACUGAUAGAGAGGGUGAAGACUUUGGAAGGAGGAAGAGAAGAGAUUGCCAAGAUACUUGGAGAGAGGGAGGGAGAGGUGGAGAGACUGAGAGAGAGUGUGAAUGAGCUGGAGAGAGAGAGGGGGAAGGUGACGAUGGAGGUGAGAGAGAGGGAGGCAGAGAGAAAGAGACUGAGAGAGCGAAUGGAGGAGAUCAGGAGAGAAGGGGAGGAGAGACAGAGAGCCACCCUGAAGGAGAAGGAUGAAGAGAUUGAGAAAGAACGAGUGAGAGUGUUGACCCUACAGAGCGAGAGAGAGGGGAUGAGUGAGGAGCUGAGAGAGAGGGAGGGAGAGCUGGAGUCACUGAGGGAGAGAGUGAAGACUUUGGAAGGAGGAAGAGAAGAGAUUGCAAAGUUACUCAGACAGCAGGAAAAAGAGAUGGAGAAAGCAAAGACCUUACUGAGAGAAAGAGAGGUACAGCAGAUCUCAGAACUGAGAGAGAGGGAGGAAGAGGUGGAGACACUGAGGGAGAGAGUGAUGGAGCUGGAGAGAGAGAGAUCAUGGCUAACCACGGAGCUCAGAGAGAGUCAAGCAGAGACAGAGAGAGCAAAGAAUUUACAGAGAGAAAGAGAGGAACGACAGAUCUCAGAACUGAGAGAAAGGGAGGGAGAGGUGGAGAGGCUGAGAGAGAGUGUGGAAGAGCUAGAAGAAGAGAGAGCAGGGCUAGGUUUGAAGCUGGAAGAAAUGGAGAGAGCAAAGAUCCUGCACAGAGAAAGAGAGGAACGACAGAUCUCACAAUUGAGAGAUAGGGAGGGAGAGGUGGAUAGACUGAGAGAGAGAGUGGAGGAACUGGAGAGAGAGAGAGCAGGGCUAACCAUGGAGCUAGGAGAGAGGGAAGCAGAGAUAGAGAGAGUGAAAACCAUGCAAAGAGAAAGAGAUGAACAACAGAUCUCAGACCUGAGAGAGAGGGAGGGAGAGGCAGAGAGACUGAGAGAGAAGGUAAAGACUUUGGAAGGAGGAAGAGAAGAGAUUUCCAAGAUACUUGGAGAGAGGGAGGGAGAGGUGGCGAGACUGAGAGAGAGAGUGAAUGAGCUAGAGAGAGAGAGGGGGAAGGUGACGAUGGAGGUGAGAGAGAGGGAGGCAGAGAGAAAGAGACUGAGAGAGCGAAUGGAGGAGAUCAGGAGAGAAGGGGAGGAGAGACAGAGAGCCACCCUGAAGGAGAAGGAUGGAGAGAUAGAGAAAGAACGAGUGAGAGUGUUGACCCUACAAAGAGAGAGAGGGGGGAUGAGUGAGGAGCUGAGAGAGAGGGAGGGAGAGCUGGAGACACUGAGGGAGAGAGUGAAGACUUUGGAGGGAGGAAGAGAAGAGAUUGCAAAGUUACUCAGACAGCAGGAAAAAGAGAUGGAGAAAGCAAAGACCUUACUGAGAGAAAGAGAGGUACAGCAGAUCUCAGAACUGAGAGAGAGGGAGGAAGAGGUGGAGACACUGAGGGAGAGAGUGAUGGAGCUGGAGAGAGAGAGAUCAUGGCUAACCACGGAGCUCAGAGAGAGGCAAGCAGAGAUAGAGAGAGCAAAGAAUUUACAGAGAGAAAGAGAGGAACAACAGAUCUCAGAACUGAGAGAAAGGGAGGGAGAGGUGGAGAGGCUGAGAGAGAGAGUGGAAGAGCUAGAAGAAGAGAGAGCAGGGCUAGGCUUGAAGCUGGAAGAAAUGGAGAAGGCAAAGAUCCUACACAGAGAAAGAGAGGAACGACAGAUCUCACAACUGAGAGAUAGGGAGGGAGAGGUGGAUAGACUGAGAGAGAGAGUGGAGGAGCUGGAGAGAGAGAGAGCAGGGCUAACCAUGGAGCUAGGCGGGAGGGAAGCAGAGAUAGAGAGAGUGAAAACCAUGCAAAGAGAAAGAGAGGAACAACAGAUCUCAGACCUGAGAGAGAGGGAGGGAGAGGCAGAGAGACUGAGGGAGAGGGUAAAGACUUUGGAAGGAGGAAGAGAAGAGAUUUCCAAGAUACUUGGAGAGAGGGAGGGAGAGGUGGAGAGACUGAGAGAGAGAGUGAAUGAGCUAGAGAGAGAGAGGGGGAAGGUGAUGAUGGAGGUGAGAGAGAGGGAGGCAGAGAGAGAGAGACUGAGAGAGCGAAUGGAGGAUAUCAGGAGAGAAGGGGAGGAGAGACAGAGAGCCACCCUGAAGGAGAAGGAUGGAGAGAUAGAGAAAGAACGAGUGAGAGUGUUGACCCUACAAAGAGAGAGAGGGGGGAUGAGUGAGGAGCUGAGAGAGAGGGAGGGAGAGCUGGAGACACUGAGGGAGAGAGUGAAGACUUUGGAAGGAGGAAGAGAAGAGAUUGCAAAGUUACUCAGAGAGAGGGAAAAAGAGAUGGAGAGAGCAAAGACCUUACUGAGAGAAAGAGAGGAACGACAGAUCUCAGAACUAAGAGAGAGGAAGGGAGAGGUGGAGACACUGAGGGAGAGAGUGAGGGAGCUGGAAGGAGAGAGAGCCGGGCUGGGAUUGAAGCUGGAAGAAAUGGAGAGAGCAAAGAUCCUACACAGAGAAAGAGAGGAACGACAGAUCUCACAAUUGAGAGAGAGGGAGGGAGAGAUGGAGAGACUGAGAGAGAGAGUGGAGGAGCUGAAGAGAGAGGGGGGGAAGGUGACGAUGGAGGUGAGAGAGAGGGAGGCAGAGAGAAAGAGACUGAGAGAGCAAAUAGAGGAGAUCAGGAGAGAAGGGAAGGAGAGACAGAGAGCCACCCUGAAGGAGAAGGAUGAAGAGAUAGAGAAAGAACGAAUGAGAGUGUUGACCCUACAGAGAGAGAGAGAGGGGGUGAGUGAGGAGCUGAGAGAGAGGGAGGGAGAGCUGGAGACACUGAGGGAGAGAGUGAAGACUUUGGAGGGAGGAAGAGAAGAGAUUGCAAAUUUACUCACAGAGCAGGAAAAAGAGAUGGAGAGAGCAAAGACCGUACUGAGGGAAAGAGAGGUACAACAGAUCUCAGAACUGAGGGAAAGGGAGGGAGAGGUGGAGACACUGAGGGAGAGAGUGAGAGAGCUGGAGAGAGAGAGAACAGGGCUAACCACGGAGCUCAGAGAGAGGGAAGCAGAGACAGAGAGAGCAAAGAAUUUACAGAGAGAAAGAGUGGAACGUCAGAUCUCAGAACUGAGAGAGAGGGAGAGAGAGGUGGAGAGGCUGAGAGAGAGGGUGGAGGAGCUAGAAGAAGAGAGAGCAGGGCUAGGCUUGAAACUAGAAGAGAUGGAAAGAACAAAGAUCCUACACAGAGAAAGAGAGGUACAACAGAUCUCGCAACUGAGAGAGAGGGAGGGAGAAGUGGAGAGGCUGAGAGAAAGAGUGGAGGAACUGGAGAGAGAGGGAAGGAAGGUGAUGGUGGAGGUGAGAGAGAGGGAGGGAGAGGUAGAGAGGCUGAGGGAGAGAGUGAAGACCUUGCAUGAAGGAAGAGAAGAGAUUGCCAAGUUACUCAUAGAAAGAGAGGGAGAGGCAGAGAGGGUAAAGACUGUACUGAGAGAAAGAGAGGAACGACAGACCUCAGAACUGAAGGAGAGGGAGGGAGAGGUGGAGAAGCUGAGAGAGAAGGUGGUAGAACUACAGAAACAGAAGAACAGAGAGAUAGAGAGGUUGAGGGAGAGUGUGGAAGAGAGCUGGAGAGAGAGGGAGGGAGAGACAGAGAGGCUGAGAGAGAGAGUGGAGGAGCUGGAGACAGACAUUGUGAGUUGGAAAGAACGAGAAGAAAUGAAGCAAAGAGAGACCGACACUCUGAACAAAAGGGUGGAGGGACUCGAACAAGAGGAGGAGAAACUAAGAGCCAUGGUGAGGGAGAGGAAGAGAGAGGCGGAGAGACUGAUAGAGAGGCUGAAGGAGCUGGAGAGAGGAGGAGAGAGGGAGAGAGACAUUGAGAGACUUAAGGAGAGAUUGGAUAAGAAGAGCAGAGAGGUCAUGAAGCUGAGUGACAGAGUGGAGGAGCUUCAGAAAGAAGGAGAGAAACUGAGGAAGAGAGAGAAGGAGACGGAGAGAGUGAGAGUGAAUGAGCUGGAGAGAGAGAGGGAGGGACAGGUAGAGAGACUGAAGGAGCUGGAGAGAGAAAGAGAGGGGCUGAGAGACAGGGAGGAAAAGGUAGAGAGGCUGAGAGUGAGGGUGGAGGUGAAAAACCAAGAGAUGAGGGAGAUGCAGAUGGAAGGGGUAAGACUGAGAGCUGCAGUGAGGGAGAGGGAGGGAGAAGUGGAGAGACUGAGAGAGGGAGUAGAGAAUAGGAACAAGGAGAUGGAGAGACUCCGGGAACGGGUGAGGAAGCUGGAGAGAGAGAGAGGGAGGGAGGGAGAGGUGGAGUGGAGACAGAGAACUGGGAACCUGGAGCAGGAAGUCAGACCACUGCAGGAAGGGGUGGCUUCAUUGUCGACACACCCCCUGCAGGCUGAGCCAGCUGGUCCUCCAGUCCUGCUGGGGGGAAAUAUAUUCCAGGAGAGACUCUCAUCCAUGCAGAGGGCGGUGGCACAGCUGGAGCACGAGAAGCAACAGCUGGAAGAGGAGAGAAAACAUCUGGAGCGGCGAGCGGAGAGACUGAGGAGAGAGAGAGGGCAGCUGAGAGAGACACUGAGCCGGGUGGAGCUGGAGCGUGUUCGUCUUCGUGACGAGCUGUCGGCCCUUUCCUCAUCACAGCGGGAGCACAGGACACCCAACAGUUCAAAGCAGUUCUCCAGAGGGUCCCAACUUCCAGAAGGGGAGGAGAGAGAGAGGCUGAGAGAGAGGGUUCGAGAGCUGGAGGAGCAGGUACACGUUCUCCGGAGGUCGUUGGCUCUCGACUCCCAGGAGAGGGCGGACUUUAUCGAGCGCUCCUCCAGGAACAACCAAUGGCUACUCUCCCUGCGGCAGGACCUCAGCCAAUCGCUGGCCCUGGUCUCACGGGAGCCCCUUCCCUCUGUGUUGGAGUCCGAGACGCAGCGAUUGGACAGGAGCCUCAGGGAGGAGGAGCUUAAAUUAUCACUCAGCCAAUUCCGAGGCUCAGGAGACGCUUCUAAAAUUGGAUGACUUGAUCUAUACUCUUGGCAUAUUACAGACUAAACAUAGAUGCAAGAGAAAAUGUGACCAAUAGGGGGAGCUCUGUACAUCAGAUGGCACUAAUAGGCUAGAUCUUGGAACAGCAAAUAAGCCUUCAAUGCCUUUAUUAAACCAACAAGAGCAAUGCUGCUGCAGCUUUAAGAGCUUCUCAAUGGGAAUCAAGAAUUCCACAAGGCCCUUGCAGUGAUCAGCUGUUUACAACAUCCUGCCAGGAAUGGAUCACCUGAAGCCAGUGGAAACCCCAUUGAACAGCACAUGGAUUGAAACCUCUGAUGGGCUAGGGCUCACUCUAUGGGCUGCAGGGGGAGUUGUUUAUGAACUCUUCCUGUCAAACUGCAGAGCUCUGAGUGGGACUCGGCUUUACUCCUGCAGUGCAGUAUAGUCCCCAGGUCCCUUUCCAAAACUCUGUUACAUUGUUUUAUACAGAUUUGACUCUGCACUGUUAGUAACACUUUGUAAUAUUGCCUUUUAGCUUUCUGUAACAUUUUAACUUAUUACAUUUUUAUAUUUAAAAAUUG